AAAACUUUGUGGGUUUUCUUUUUUUUUCCCUCCACAGAAACCAUCUCCAAAAGUCUGUGGUUCAUCAGGUUUUAGGGCAGGUGUCAGCUGCAGGAGAGGAGAGCAGCGGGGAGCUCCAGCACAUGGACCUGAAAUGGAGAGGUUCAAACAAAUCAGAGUGUAAAAAGGCUCCAAAAUAUCGCUCCAUCCUCUCCACCUGCACCAUUUUGUCGGCGCAAACCGGAGGUCAACCCCUCAAAGGGUCUUGGGAUCCGUCCAGCCAGAUCGAGGGUAAUCACGAUUACAAUUCGGGAAACAACACGUCGUCUCCUCCGUCCAACAACAACAACAAAACUGGCGUGUCGAGGACGCAUGUGACUGACGAUGGAAACAACCUGGGUCGGCAUCUGACCUCAACAGAGAAGCUGAGGUUCAGCGUAAGAGACAGUGCCUCAGAUUCAGGAAACUCAGUGACCAGCUACACUUCCUUAUGCAAACCCUACAGAGAGGACAGUUCAUCUGGAGGCUUUUUUAAUGGGAAUGAACGGAGGUACAGUUUGUAAUGACAGACUUUAGGUCCUGAAAAAAAUUGCACAUUUUUUAAGGUAUAUCGACAAAAAAGGAAAAUUCUAGGGAUGUCCGGUAAUAUCAGGCAACCAAUAUUAUCGAAACAAUUUUAGUGCAAUUAUGUAAUAUCUGUAAGAAUCGUUAUAGUUUUUUCCACCGAUAAUGAAAACCCGAUAACGCAAUUCCUGGGUUUCGCCAAAUGAUGUGUGCCCUAAGAAAAGUUUUGGGGAAAAACGGCUGUAUAUAAAAGUGAAAGUGACUUGAUGGCAGCAUUGCACAGAAAAAUCAAUUUUCACAGAUUUGUCAUGUUCAUAUUUACCUAAAACCAGAGAAGAUUAUAAUUAGCGACCUUCCAAAAAUGUGAUGUUUUUGUCCUUAAGUCUUACUUUGCCUCGAAAGAUUAUUGUAUA